GUCUGGUUGAAGAGAAUCUCGAACGUUGAGACGCGUGUACAUUCAUUUAUUCAUGAAUAUUAUAAUGUAUACUCAUUAUGGCGGAAUAUGGCAUCAUUAUCUACUAUCUGCCAUGAUAACUAUACCAUGGUUCUGGCCAGAGUGGUCUUCUUACUCCUUUCCAAGCUUUUAUUUUUCUCGCUUUCGGGCUUUGAUUACUACCUUAGUGGCCGAUUGCAUGCUCGCGGCAAUUGGCCUAUCAGAAUAACGGGUGACCGUUGGUGGUGGAUUUGCAGUGAAAACUAUUGUCGACUAACCAGGUGUCCGUAUGAGUAGUGUGAAAACGCUGGCAAAUUAUGCAAGUGGUUUUU